AUGGCUUCAGAUCAACUUUCGGCCCUGCUUCUGCUGCCGCCACCCCCUUCGGCAUCAUUCAACGAGUUCAAGGCUGCAUAUGAGCCCGUCCUGUUGGGUGUUUGCACCAAGCUUGUCCGCGAACUCAAUGGAGCCAAUCACACGGCUAUACUAGAUAUUGCGCUCUCUCUUCCUGGCCUCCUAUCCCCCUCAUGUCGGCCACGCACUAGGGCAUUUUCAAGCCUCCAGUCUCUUCUGGAAAGCAUCUAUAGGCUUAUUGGGAUUGUAUGUGUUGAGCAAGGCAUUGAGCUUGAUGGUCCGGGUGGUAUUGACCCCCGUGUGAUCUUGCUCGAUUACGACUCGGUCCAGACUGCCGUCACCAGGGACAAUCCGUGUGACGGCCCUAUCAUUGACUUGCAGACAUUGGCGCGGUCUGGACGACUGUGGGAUUACAUAUACUACCCGGAUAACCAAGUAGGUCAGGGUCUAGCAACGGCCUUCAGUAGCUUCUAUUCUGAGUCCAGGGACCCCAACGGCGGAUCCAUGAGCGCAAUCCCAGAUGCACCCAACUGGAAGGCUGCAGAAUCCCUUUUGGUGAUGGACGAUAACCACACAUCAACUACGCAUUACUCUGUGGCUGUAGGAGGCACUUUCGAUCACUUUCACAUUGGCCACAAGCUUCUGCUCACAGCUACGGCAUUGGUAUUGCAGCCUGCUGAAGACGUGGAGGCAGGUAAUGUCCGGAAGAUCACCGUCGGGGUGACAGGGGAAGGUUUGCUGGCGAAGAAGAAGUAUGCUGAAUAUUUGGAAAGCUGGGACGAGCGAUGCAUGAGCACUGGGUCAUUCCUCUCGGCCAUCAUGGAUUUCCGUCUCCCAGAAACCAGUGCGCCGCGUAUUGAACGGGAAUCUGGGUCUGGGCCCGAUGACAAGUACAUUCAGAUGCAAAUGCGGCCAGAUCUAGUCUUCAAGCUGGUACAGAUCACAGAUCCUUUUGGCCCUACCGUCACCGACAAGGGAAUUAGUGCUCUUGUUGUUUCCAAGGAAACUCGUGCAGGUGGGAGCGCGGUCAAUGAGGAGCGUGCAAAGAAAGGCUGGGAGAGCCUGGAGGUGUUUGAAGUCGACGUACUACAUACAGGCGAAGUUCCCACCGAUGAUGCCGAGAGCUUCGCGUCGAAGAUAAGCAGCACGGAUAUCAGACGGCGUCGGAUGGAGAUGGCAACGGAAUAA